AUGGCUUGGGUUCGCGGUGAAGGGGAUGUGAACUUGAGGUGGCGCGAUCCUAGGGGUGCUAGGGUGGUGCAUGGCACAGUGGUUUGCUGUAAUGGUGGAGGAUGGUGGUUUGCUCUAGUGGUGGAGGAUGGCGGUAAGUUGUUGGUGGUUCGCACAGUUGCCAGAGGUGAAACAGGUGUUCGAAGGUGGUGGAGUUGGGCUCGCACUCAGGAUGUUGGGUUCUGGGGUGUGAUGGUUCAAGAAUUUGGUGGAAGGGUUGUAGUGAUGGGAAUGUUAGUGGUGAAAGAAAGUGAAGACGAAAAGAGAGAGUGCGAGUGCGGUGAGGAUGGAGAUGGGAUGUGA